GCAGUUAUUAAAGUUUGCUGUUUUGUUUCAGCUGUUUAAUAUUUACAUUAAAAAAGCUGCAGAAAUUUACGGAGUCCCUAAGACACGGCAGAUAUAUGAGAAGGCGAUUGAAGUUCUUACAGAGGAAAAUGCACGGGAAAUGUGUUUGAGGUUUGCAGAGAUGGAGACCAAACUUGGUGAAAUUGACAGAGCCCGAGCCAUCUACACCCACUGUAGUCAGAUGUGUGAUCCAAGGGUGACAGCAGAGUUCUGGCAGACAUGGAAGGAAUUCGAAGUGCGUCAUGGGAAUGAAGACACAAUGAGAGAGAUGUUGAGGAUUAAACGAAGUGUGCAAGCUACAUAUAACACUCAGGUGAACAUGAUGUCUGCGCAAAUGCUCUCUGCAGCCAGCAAUGUAUCAGGAACUGUCGCAGAUCUUGCACCAGGAGCUAAGGAUGGUAUGAGAAUGCUGGAAGCUAAAGCUGCACAAAUGGCACAUCUGGAGAGACCUGGUAAGUAACUGUAGA